UCCUUUAACACUCCCCCACCUCCGCGGUUCCACUGCUCUACUCAUUCAAAUUUUAACACCACCCCAGUUUCCCAUUCUCUCAAUCUCGGAUAGGGUUUAUCAUUUUGUUUUGUUAAAUCAAAUACUAAGAUUCAAAAGCAGGAACCUGCCUUGUAAAAUUCACUGUCAUUGUUAGUUGCAAUCGCUAAAAAUCUAAUUUUCCGUCAAAUUCGAGUGUAGGUGCUCGAUUUUUCUUGGGAAAUGAAAUUUGGAUACGGGGUAUUCUAAAUGAUGAAUUUGGCGGAUCCAUCAAUGGGGCUACUGGCGGCGAGCGGAGGCGACACUAUUAAACUUUUUGAUGUUUCGGGGGAACCGGGAGAUCCCUGCAUCUUGAGCUAUACUCCGUCUCCGGGGUGCCUGGUCAACUCAGUCAAGUGGAACCACACUAAUUUGGUUGUGGCUAGUGCUGGAGAAGAUAAGAAGAUCUCCCUCUGGAGGAAAAAUGGGCAGAGCAUGGGAACUAUUCCAGUUGCUGGGACAGAUAGUGGAGACAACAUUGAGGAAUCUAUAUUGGCUAUUAGCUUUAGUAACAAGGGAUCCAGAUACAUGUGCUCUGGGGGAAGUGGUCAAGUAGUAAGAAUCUGGGAUCUACAAAGGAAGCGCUGUAUUAAAUGGUUGAGGGGUCACACCAGUACAAUAACUGGUGCUUUAUACAAUUGCAAAGACGAGCAUUUGGCUUCAAUCAGUCUAAGUGGGGAUCUUAUCCUUCACAAUCUUGCAUCUGGUGCAAGGGCGACAGAACUCAAGGAUCCUCAUGAACAGGUACUGCGGGUGCUAGACUAUUCCCGUAUUAGCCGCCACCUUUUGGUGACCGCAGGGGAUGAUGGCUCAGUACAUUUGUGGGAUACAACUGGUCGCAGCCCAAAGAUUUCUUGGUUGAAGCAACAUUCUGCUCCAACUGCUGGUAUUGGCUUCUCACCAUCAAAUGAUAAGCUAAUAGCUAGUGUUGGACUGGAUAAAAAAUUAUACACUUAUGAUUCUGGGUCUAGGAGACCAUCAUCUUGCAUAUCUUACGAGGCACCUUUCUCUUCAUUGGCAUUCAGAGAGGAUGGCUGGAUUCUGGCUGCUGGAACUAGCAGUGGUCGAGUGGUGUUCUAUGAUGUUCGUGGAAAACCACAGCCUUUUACUGUUCUUCGUGCUUAUGGCAGUUCAGAGGCUGUUACAAGUUUGUGCUGGCAAAGAUCAAAACCAGUUGUUGUAAAUGAGAGCACCUGCACUGCUGAGACAGCUCUUCUGGGAGGUGCUGUUGAAGAUUCCGUUCUUAUGCCUGAUCCUCUUCCCUCUGUAACAUCAUCAAGUGUUUCACUAUCUACAGCAGUGUCGAGUUCUCGUAAUCUUGGUCGUUCUGGUCUUUCUGUGGAAGCAUCAUCUCUUCCAUCAACUAGUAGUGAAACUGCAUUGAGUAUGCCUUCUUUUGCAGAGGAAACACCACAUCGAAGCCAUCUGUGGCCAAGCGGAAAGCUUUCAAGAUUACAUGCUCCUCGUACAAGUUAUAAUUUUAAGGAUGACAUGGAAGUGUUUUCCCCUCUUGUUGAUGUCCAGCCUAUCACACCUUCACUUUCUAAGCUCUGGGAUGAUCACGCAGCAAUGAAACAAGAUAAUAUAUCAAUUGAUAAGAAGUCCUCAUCUUUGUUGUUUCCUUCAGCUGGUAGAAGAUUUCCUUUUCCAGAGGAUGGGACAAAUGAUCAUCCGAUAUUCGAUUGGAAAGCCAGUUCAACUUCCAAACAGGAGGAGACCAGAUCUUCUUUUUCACUAUUGGGGGGAUCUACUCCUGCUCCAUCUUCAAAAAGUGAGGAUUCCUCCAUCACUCCUCCAGAAGCUUGGGGUGGAGAGAAACUAUCUGACAAACUUACCCACUUACGACAGCCACUCAAUUUGCCUUCUCGUUUUGGGAUGUUGACUUCUGGGGUCUUGCAUGAUCUUCCUUCUUCGGCUUCAACGAGUCAGACAAUUAUUAACUCUUUGACAAAUUCAAACACAAGUUUUUCAAAUCUGCGCCCAAGAGAUGUUUCUUCAACUCAGGAAAGUUCAUCAGGAUUUUCAGAACUCAUUUCCUCUAGUUCCAUAACUCAAUCUCUGAGUACAAAAAGCAUCAUUGGACAAACCAACCUUGAUGUUCCAGGAUCAGGCUCUUUGACUCUUCCUCGUAGAUUUUCAACUUAUGCUGAGAGAAUAAGCACAGCUUCUUCCUUAAGUGAUGGGAAUUCAAUUUCAGUGGGUUCUCCUAAAAUUAAGAAAACAGGUGCUGAAACCAGGGAAGAGCUUUUGAGUAGCUUGUUAUCAAGGUCUGACACAUCGGCUGUGACAGAACAAGGGAUUCUUCCAGCAGUAAAUGGAGGAAUCUCACAACCAAAUAAAGCCCUUCAGCUUGAUUCACAGCAGGGAAAUUCCUUCACGCUCCAGCUUUUUCAACGUACUCUUGAAGAAACUCUUGAUUCUUUCCAGAAAUCCAUCCAUGAAGACAUGAGGAACCUUCACAUUGAAAUUCUAAGACAAUUCCAUAUGCAGGAGAUGGAAUUUUCUAGUGUUAUGAGCUCAAUUCUGGAAAAUCAGGCAGAGCUGAUGAAGGAAAUCAAGUCGCUUCGGAAAGAAAACCAGGAGCUUCGCCAAUUACUUUGAGAAAUGAAGUUAUUUGUGAUCGCUAAUGGAUUCUGGAAUCUGUUCAUUUGCAUGGCUUUGCACUUUGUAGGUGCCUUCCUGUACUUCAGGCAAGUAGGAAUGCUUCUCUCAGCAAUUGUGCUGAAAGUUCAGAAGGGGGAGAAAAAGGACAUUAGAUUUAGGAUUCUUAUUCCUUGAUCGUGUAAAUAGAUGCCUUGUCUCAUAUGAAAUGAAAGCUUGUAAUUCAUUCGGUUUAAGAUGAAUUGCUAGGUUAAUUUUAUUAUCUUGUUCGAUUUUGGGAUUUAUCUUGGUUGUUUAGCUGAGUAGCACUGUUGUGUUAAAUGGUUGGAUUGUGAUUUUGGAGCAUUGUGAAAUGCAAGUAACUGGCUUGAAAAUU